AUGGCGUACUAUCAACAACAAAUGAAUGAUGCACAAAACAUGCAAUUCUAUCAAUCAAAUUAUUCAUAUCAACAACCAAAUACAAUGGCAUCAAAUACUUCAACUCAACCAUCUGGUAUGAUGGGUUCAAUGGAUAAUAGUUUUGGUGGAAAUAUAGAUGUUAGUGGAGUAAUGGGUAAUGGAGAACUAACUCCAGGGCUAUUGGCUGCAUUUGGAACUUCGGGAUACCCUGGUGAACCACCAUUAUUAGAAGAAUUGGGAAUAAAUUUUCAACAUAUCAAAAGUAAAACAUUAGCCGUUUUAAAUCCUUUAACUAAAGAUAUUCCAAGCGAUAUAAUGGCAGAUCUGGAUCUUGCUGGACCUAUAUUAUUUGUCUUACUUUUUGGAACUUUAUUAUUAUUGGCUGGUAAAGUACAAUUUGGUUAUAUUUAUGGUGUGGGUUUGUUUGGUAUUUUAAGUUUACAUUAUUUGUUUAAAUUUAUGAGUAAUGAAACUACUAUUGAUUUAAGUAGAUCAGCUUCAGUUAUUGGAUAUUGUUUAUUGCCUUUGGUUUUACUUAGUGUUUUGGGUGUUGUUACAAGUUUGGAUAAUAUCAUGGGUUAUGCCUUGAGUAUUGUAUCUGUGUUCUGGUGUACAUAUUCUGCUAGUGGUUUCUUUGUUAGUGUUUUGAAAUUGCAUAACGUAAGACCUUUGAUCGCUUAUCCAUUGUGUUUGUUUUACUCGGUGUUUGCUUUAAUGGCUAUUUUUGUAGAGAAUUCUGACGAAAUAUAA